CCCCCAUCACCUCCCACCGCUCUGAUUCACAACAAUAUUCAAGUAAAGGCCACGCUUAUCCAACAAUAAUGGUUGUCCGAUCUGUGAAGAGGAAAUACCUGUCCGAGGACACCUCCUCGGAGUACUUCGGCCCUGAGGCCAAUGCUUGCAGUAUCGAAAUGUACAAUGCGCUCAAGGACCCAUACCGCGCUGCCCCAGAAAACAAGAUCCCGGUUCCCCUGCCGCACGAGACGACACGGGCUUCACCGAUGGCUGAGAAAAUUCUCGAUGAACUCGACGACCCUAUCAGAGAGGUACUCAAGGAGUGCGGGGUAAAGGUGGUCUUCCACAUGAGAGCCGAACGUUUGUGGCAGCGAGGGUUCCCUGAGAGAGCCAAAGACACUGUUAUCAUUACGACCCACGAUACAGAUGCCGUGAGAUGGAAGGCAGCGGCACAAUGCGUCUUUGAAAUAGUGCAGGAGAGGGCAAGUCCAGCGGGCCUUCAAAUGAGAGUGGAAAUACGUAACCCGGAGCUCAUGUAUAACGAUGAAUCCGAGAUAGUCCGCCGAGAUACCCCAGCUCUCAGAACCUUUCAGCUGAUCGAGCCAUAUGUUGAGGCUCAAGUUGAGAAGCACAGCGUCCAAUGGACCUCGAUAGCAUACCACAACCGCCAUCGAAGAUUCCAAUCCACCCCUCUCACGCCAACAGUGAUAAUCUUCGUUAGGCCAGGCUCAAGGCAUAUUUGGUCACUGGUUGAGGAGCAGAUAAGGAAAGAAAUUGUAUCUGUCAGCGUCCCAGAUGACGUUGAAGUCAAUGUUGAGAUACUCCCAGGUUUCAUUACACUCUGUGCAUCCAUGAACCAGGAGCCGACCAAGGCAAAACUUCUCGACAUAGACUAUCUAUCUGCAAUUCCAACAAACGGCGCAUCGAUCUCAACAGAACUCGACAGCAAGGCAGCUGAAAGUCUUGGGCCGGUGGUAUUUUACCAGGCCGAUGGUGAGGUUGAAAGAACAAAAUGCUUCCUCACGUGUUAUCAUGUCAUUGAGUCCGGUGACCCACAGGGUCGACGGACCAACAAGGAUAAAGGCAUUGGCCUCGAGGGUAGAAAAGUCUUCCGGCAGAUUACUGUCGAGCAUCCAGCGAAAUAUGACGCCGAACAUACAAGGGCAAUAGUUUCUGCUCAGCUAGCAGCAGGCCAAGACCCCAAUUCACGCAAUACCAGGACCCUCCAAAUUCUCGACAGAUUUGCUGCAGCUAAAGGCUUGGGUAACGUUAAGCAUGCGUCGGGACAUUGGGUCAACGAGGCUAACAGACGCAUGGAUUGGGCCCUGGUUGCCCUUAAGUCCCCUGGUCCCGGUGAUGACAUGCAAAAUAAGCCAGCACUAGCGAAGGAUAUUCCGCUCCCCUUUCUUGAAGGGUUGCAGUUCCUAUACAAUCCAGAACCAAAGGAUACUAUCAAGACCCUUGGGUCAAUUUUUAAGGAUGAUGUAGUCGUCAAAACUGGCAGAAGUACAAGGGCCACCGUUGGACAGGUUAAUCAGAUGCGGCGGAAGAUCGAUUGGGGUAAAGGAGUAACAUCUCACGAGAUUGAGGUCAAAUCUUUGGCUUCGGGCCAGCCAUUUGCGAGCGGUGGGGACUCGGGGUCUAUGGUCUACAACCUGAAGUUCCAAUGGGUCGGGUUAUUAUUUGGCGCGGACGUAUAUGCUGACAUGGGGUAUGUAACACCUGCUGAAGAUAUUGCCAAUGACAUCAAGGAGAAGACGGGAGGAACCAUAACUCUAGUUUAACUAAUUUCAACACCCUGAGCGGCGGUCGCAGGGGAGCUAGCCCCCUUGCUGCCAGCUUCAACGAACUUUGCAAUCAUAGGCUUAUAGAGGCCAUACCCCUCAACUGGAAAUCCUG